GCCACCCUGUGGGGUCAGGCAGGAGCCCCCAGCUACGGGCCCCCCCUCAGCUUGUGGAUGCUGCGCCCCUGGAGAUGAUGCCCCCCGAGGAGGAGAGCCCGGCUGGCGGCGGGGAGGGGGACGGGGGCAGUGGCCUCGUCCUCCUGCAAGCCCUGAAGAGCGGCAGCACCCGGAAGGGCUGCGACCCCUUUGCCCAGACCCAGCGCAGCAAACUGCAGCAUCGCCGGGCGCGGAUUAACCAGCAGAUCAACAAGGAGAUGAGGAUGCGAGCGGGAGCAGAAAACCUCUUCAGGGCCACCAGUAACCACAAGGUGAAAGAGACGGUCGCCCUGGAGCUGAGCUACGUGAACUCCAACCUGCAGCUGCUGAAGGAGGAGCUGGAGGAGCUGAACAGCAGCGUGGACGUGUACCAGAACGACAGCGAGUCCAUCAGCGUCCCCAUGAUCCCUUUGGGCCUGAAGGAGACGAAGGAGCUGGAUUUGCUGGUACCGCUGAAGGAUCUCAUCAGUGAACACUAUGGAGAGGAGGCUGUCUUGUUUGAAAAGGAAAUCAAAGAGUUCAUGGAGCUACGGCAGGCGAUGCGCACCCCAAGCCGCAAUGAAGCCGGGCUCGAGCUCUUGAUGGAGUAUUACAACCAGCUCUACUUCCUCGACAGCCGUUUCUUCCCUCCCACCAAAAGCCUGGGUGUCUUCUUCCACUGGUACGACUCCCUGACGGGGGUCCCAUCCCACCAGCGGGCGCUGGCCUUCGAGAAGGGCAGCGUGCUCUUCAACAUUGGAGCCCUGCACACCCAGAUCGGAGCGCGGCAGGACCGUGCAUCCCUGCCGGGGCUCAACCAGGCCAUCGAUGCCUUUCAGAAGGCGGCCGGUGCCUUUAACUACUUGAAGGAAAACUUCUCCAACGCUCCCAGCCUGGAUAUGAGCACCGCCUCCUUGAACAUGCUGGUGCGGCUGAUGGUCGCCCAGGUCCAGGAGUGCGUCUUUGAGAAGAUGACCUUGCUGCGUUCCCAGCACAACUUCCUCGCCCGGCUGCAGCUCGCCCAGGAGGCGGCAAGGGUGGAAGAUGUCUACUUGCUGGUGCACCAGACGAUGACCCAGGCCCACGUGAAGGAUUACGUUCCCUUCUCUUGGACCACCAUGGUCCACGUCAAGUCGGAGCAUUUCAAAGCCCUCUCCCACUACUUCGCUGCCAUUGCUCUCUGCGACUGCCCUGCGGCAACUGAUGCUGAGCUGCCGGAGCAGGAGAAGGCUUUUAUCCAGUUCCACGUCACCAUGCCAGAGGGACCCUCGCUCCGCGUCCUGCUGCAGGACCCCGAGGAGAGGAGGAAGCUGGGCAAAGCUCAUCUGAAGAAAGCCAUCAUGAAGCACGAGGAAGCCAUGAGGAUCCACGGCUUGUGUAAGAUCCUGCGGAAGAUGGAUAUCCUCCAGGAGGUCCUCUCCUUCGCCCACAAACGCUCGCUGAGCAAAUAUUCGGAAAUCGACCACGAGGAGGACUUCUUCGAAACUGGAGAUGCCCCGGACAUUCACCCCAAAACGCACCAGAAACCAGAGAUAAAAUCCCCCAACUUCUCCCAGGUGAAGGUCACCGACCUCUUCCACAGGCUGGGGCCCCUUUCAGUUUUCUCGGCCAAAAACAAGUGGUACCCAGCGCGGAGAGUCCACCUGAUGAGAGGAGAGAACGGUUUUGGGUUCACGCUGCGAGGAGACUCCCCCGUCCUCAUUGCUGGUGUCAUCCCGGGGGGCUGCGCUGCCGAAGCCGGACUGAAGGAGGGAGACUACAUCAUCUCGGUGAACGGCAAGGACUGCAAGUGGUCCAAGCAUGCCGAGGUGGUGCAGCUGCUGAAGAGCACUGGGGAGGAGGGAGUGGAGAUCACUGUGAUAACCCUGCAGGGCUCAGAGGGACCAAAAGCCGCAGAUAAGAAGGCGGCAGCGAUGUCCUCGGGCAGCGGGAUGCUGAAGAGCAACAAGGAGAACAGCCGAAAGAGCCUGAUGAACAGCAAGAGCGCCAGCACGCUGCUGGUCUGGAGCAAGAAGAGCAAGCGGAGCAAGAAGAGCACCUACGGCGUCCCCUUCACUGCGGUGGGAGACAACGAAGCCAUGUACUGAAGCGGCCACCGGGCUAGGUCGUGUCCCGUGAGCUCCGGGGCUGGCUGCCCGUGAACCCUCGCAAGCACCGGUGGCCUGUCUGGGCUGCGCUGGUGUCGGUGCUGCAAGGACCCCCCCGCCCUGGGGACGUGCCGCUGGUCGGAUCCUCUCCGAAGAGGCGAGCGAUGCACAGCACCGGACUCCUCCAUCUCCCAGCUCCUGCGUUAAACGAUCCUCAGCUAAACAAUAUGGGGAAACACUGUUUUAUUCUUUAUUUUUAAUUUUCUUUUUUUUUUUUCCUCUUAAGGGGUCGGGGGGAGCUGUGCUUCGGUAUAAAGCAGGGACUGGUUUGUGUCUUCUGCUCAAUGCGAGGAGCAGCCAAACCAAGCCCCAGCCAUUAAAGCAAAAGCUGUAACCUUCUUUAGCGUCUCCUAGGCUUUCUCUGCAAGGUAGAAGACGGCACCGCUGCUGCCGCUCGCCGAGAGCUGCCAGCGGAGCCGAAUUGUUCAGCAGCUCCAGCUGGAGGUCACCUUCAACUACCCUUUUUCGGGAGAAGGGGAUAGUGUGGGCAUCGGUGACUCGUGGUGACCCCAUCAUGGGGUCCGGCGCAGACCUGCCCGGGCAGCACUGGGCUGUGCAUCUCUGCCGCGGUACCAGUUAGGGAUGUCCCAGUGAAACAGGUUGAAGUUAGGAUGGGUUUGACCAUUUUUUUUUUUUUUUUUUUAGUGCUUUUUGGGGUUUUUUUUAAUGGACACCUAGGUUGGCCCAGCAAAUACAGCCCAGCUGCACAGCCUGCUUCUUUGGAAGAAAAGGGAAAGACUUAACGUGCAUUUGUUGUCUCACUCUUUUUUUAAUCAGUAGAGGUGGAUUGCCCUAAAUAUGUGAGUAGAUUAAUAGCUAAGAGCCUUGUUUUUUUUCUUGGUAUGAGAUUAAAAUUCGAGGAAGAUAGCUCCUCCAGAUUAUUAAACUACUAAAUUUGUGCUAGUAUUGGAUCUUGCACACGUUGCUAAUACCCUAACACUGUGCUGUCAGCAUUCGUACCCGAGCUGGGCUGAUGGAUACAUACAUCUUGGUAAUUGUACUGGAAAUGCUGGGAGACUCCGAAUACACGCUUAGAUAUAUUGGCAAAAUUUUCUCAAUCCCAUUUCUGCCUUGUGCAUUAUUUUUCUGAAGGCUAAAGAGCUGUCUGGUCUUCAGUGCUUGGAUGAUCUUGGUAGGUAUAAAAUACCCUUCAGAGAUGCAAUUGUAUUUUUGUACUUUUUAAGUCGUGACAAAUUUGUAGCGGUAGUUUAAUGAAGUGAACGCGCGCUGGCAGCAGGAUACCGUCGCGAGAGCAUCUCUCUGGGGUUGUACCGUGACUUCUUCUAGGUGGCUCAAUGCCCACGUGCCAAGCUUUUGGCCCCAGUUUUAUUUAAGGAGAACUAAAGGAGGGGUUCUAGCUCUGCGUUAUUGACCGAGAGGCCUCUCUGUAGACUGAGACAUCAUCAGACGGGAUUACAGAUCUGGCUGCCACCACGAGGCCAUCUGGUGCAGUCAAGCUUUUCUACGUAAGCUUGCCAGCUGCUUGGCGCGGGAGUGGUAAGGAAGGGGGCAGGUUCACAGAAAAGGCCACCUUGCUGUUAAAGCAUCCCGGCAGCAUCUUCCCCCGAUCCUAAAUGUGUUGCCGACACGGACACCUCCAAGUUGGAGAUGUAUUUAAGAAGCAUGCACAAGCGGCGAGCCCGCGCAUCGCGUUUCCACCCGCACCACUCAACUCCUCCGUUGGCGUUGGUGGAGGUGUUGUGUUUUGUGCGAGUUGGAUAAUUUCCCUAACACCGGUGGUUUGGUUUUGUUUUUGUUUUUAAUUUGUACAUGGACUCUCACCUUUUAUGGAUUAAAAAGCACUGAUUCGA